UGUCGACUCCAGUAAUAACCCUGCAGAUGACAUCACUCGUGGCAAGACUUUAACGGAAAUAGCGGAGGAUGGCAGAUGGAAGGAUGGACCAUCAUUCCUGGCACAGUCACCUGAGUCUUGGCCCACAAAGCCUUCAUUGUCUGUAACAGACGACGAAACAGAGACACGAAGAAUGAUGUUCUGUAGCCUGGUCACCACCACUGCGCCUCCAGCCCUCCCUGACUUAGACCAGUUCUCCUCAUUCCGAGAUCUAGUCCAUGCGGUUACACUUUCUCGACACGGGGCGGCCGCAGGUCCAAGCAGUCCAACAGCAGAAGACUAUAAGAAAAUAGAAAGGGAAAUUCUCCAACGAGCGCAGCAGGACAGCUUUGGAGAAGAGUACGCCCUCCUAUCUGCUGGUAAACCCUUGACAUCUACCAGUAGGUUGCUCACACUUGCUCCAGAGUUGGAACAGGCUACUGGACUAAUAAGAGUUGGAGGCCGUCUUCGCCGCAGUCAAAACCUGGAACCAGACAUAGUCCAUCCAGUGGUGCUAGAUCCAGCACAUAAGAUCACAAAACUUAUAGUGCAUGACGUGGAUGAAGACCUAAGGCACCCGGGUACAGAGCGCCUAUUUGCCGAACUUAGGAGGCGUUUCUGGAUAUUACACGGCCGAGAGGCGGUUAAACGGCAUCAGCAGUUUUGUCCAGAAUGCAAGCGGUGGAGAGCUCAGCCCAAAGUACCCCUCAUGUCAGACCUCCCUGAAGUCAGACUUCGCCUGUUUAAGCCUCCUUUUUACUCUACAGGAGUCGACUGCUUCGGGCCGUUCAUAAUCAAAGUUGGACGGCGCUCCGAGAAAAGGUGGGGGAUACUCUUCAAGUGCUUGACAACGAAGGCAGUUCACAUUGAUGUUCUGACAAGCCUGGACGCCGACGCAUUUUUGAUGGCCUUACGUCGAUUCAUCGCCAGAAGAGGGAAGCCUUCAGAAAUUUUAUCGGAUCAGGGCACAAAUUUCAAGGGCGGAGAUCGAGAGCUCCGCAAAGCCUUCCAAGCAUUGCAUCCCGAUCUGAAAGAUCAGUUAUCACAGCACCAGAUCAGCUUUAAGUUCAACCCCCCUAGUGCACCUCACUUUGGUGGCAUUUGGGAGAGAGAAAUAAGGUCAGUUAAAGCUGCUCUGUACGCCACUGUACAACCACACGCCAUACCAGAAGAGGUAUUGCGUACCGUCUUAAUCGAAGUGGAGGGAAUCCUAAAUUCAAAGCCACUUGGAUAUGUGUCUAGUGAUGUGGCUGACGCAGACCCUGUAACCCCAAACUUGUUACUGAUGGGGCGGCUGGAUCCGUCCCUGCCUCAAGCCGUUUACGAGGAAUCAGAGCUCCUAAGUAGGAAAAGAUGGAAGCACUCACAAAUCCUCGCUGAUCAGUUCUGGAAAUACUUCAUUCGCCACUACCUUCCAACACUCCAGACCCGGGCUAAGUGGAACAAAGAUACGCCAGCUCAUCAGCCUGGAGACAUCGUCAUGGUGAUAGACCCCCUGCUGCCCAGAGCCCUCUGGCCGGUGGGCCGGAUCACCAAAGUACUUCCCGGAACCGAUGGUCGCAUCCGGACAGUGGAAGUCAACGUCCAGGACAGGUGCUACAUAAGGCCAGUGGCCCGACUCAUCCCAUUGCCCGCCGUCCCAGACAUGGAAUCCCGCCCCGUUCUGUCACGUCCUUCAGAGGACAAACUGGAUCAGUGACCAGUUUGGGGGCGGCUGUUGUGAAGGACUAGAGACUUUCACAUGACCAGGUAGACUUUUUGCUGACUGUCUAUGCUUCUGUGCGUGCAACCCUUGUGGCUACACCUGUGGAAUUAACUGGGGGUGUGAGUCCGAGGGCGCAUGCGCAUGAGCCAGUGGACGGAGAGACGGAGAGGCGGAAGGAUACCUUGCGUGCUGUGGAGUUAUCGUGCCUUUCGGAUGCUGUUGUGCGUUCAUAAACCAAACCACAAUUUCAUAACUUCAAUAAAACUCUGGACCGGUUCAUCAUGUCUGCAUUUUAAUCAGAUGCUCCACGGUGGCUCCUGCAUAAUUAAUACUAGGAUCAACGAAACAAAUAUAUAACUGGAAAACAAAACAGAGAUUCAGGAAAUAAGUCUAGAUGAAUGUUUUGGUAAAACAAGAAUAAUUAAAUUAAAAGUAAUUCCAAUUACACCAAAUGUGAUCUCAGCAGUGUCACAAUAGUUUCUAACAAUAUUCACCUCUCAGGUUUAUCAGGUGAAACUGCUCUCAGUCCAAAACAUUACUUAUCAGGUCAGCUAAUAUUGACUAAAUAUGGAUAAUUGAAGCCAGAAUAAA